GCCUCUUCCGGCCAGCCGCAUUUCCUCCGCGUGUGCUUGAACGCACACCUGGUGGCGGUUGUCUUAACGGCUGGGUUUGGCGGCUGGACGGGCGAGAUGGCGGCGGAGGUGUUGCCGAGUGCGAGAUGGCUGUACUGUGGAGAGCCUGACGACAGCCAGAGAGCUCUACUGGUCCAGUUCUCCAAUGGGAAGCUGCAGAAUCCAGGCAACAUGCGCUUUACCUUGUACAAGAGCAACGACUCCACAAACCCCAGGAAGAAGAAUCAGCGGAUCCUGGCAGCUGAAACAGACAGACUUUCCUAUGUAGGAAAUAAUUUUGGGACUGGAGCCCUCAAAUGCAACACUCUGUGCAGGCACUUUGUGGGAAUUUUGAACAAGACCUCUGGCCAAAUGGAAGUGUAUGAUGCUGAAUUGUUUAACAUGCAGCCACUGUUCUCAGAUGAAUCUGUUGAGAGUGAAUCGACACUAGAGAGUCAGACCAAAUCUUUUAGGGAAAAGAUGGAUUCUUGCAUUGAAGCUUUUGGUACCACCAAACAGAAGCGGGCUCUGAACUCCAGGAGGAUGAACAAAGUUGGCAGUGAAUCUUUGAAUCGUGCAGUGGCUAAAGCCGCAGAGACUAUUAUUGAUACAAAGGGUGUCACUGCCCUGGUCAGUGACGCCAUCCACGAUGACUUGCAGGACGACUCCCUCUACCUCCCUCCCUGCCACGCUGAUGCAACCAAGCCUGAAGACGUGUAUAAAUUUGAAGACCUUCUUUCUCCGGCGGAGUAUGACGCUCUUCAGAGCCCAUCUGAAGCCUUCAGGAAUGUCACAUCAGAAGAAAUACUAAAGAUGGCUGAAGAGAACAGUCACUGCUCCUUCAUCAUAGAAGCGUUGAAGUCUUUGCCAUCAAAUGAGGAGAGGCGAGACCGCCAGGCCCGGUGCAUAUGGUUUCUGGACACUCUCAUCAAAUUUCGAGCGCAGAAAGUGAUUAAGCGGAAAAGUGCCCUGGGACCUGGAGUUCCCCACGUCAUCAACACUAAGCUGCUGAAGCACUUUACCUGUUUGACCUACAACAAUGGCAGUUUACGGAACUUAAUUUCGGACUCUAUGAAGGCAAAGAUCACCGCCUAUGUGAUCAUACUCGCCUUGCACAUAAACAGCUUCCAGGUUGACCUGACAAUGUUACAGAGAGACUUGAAGCUCAGUGAGAAAAGGAUGAUGGAGAUAGCGAAAGCCAUGAGGCUGAAGAUCUCUAAAAAAAGGGUUUCUCUGGCAGCGGACAGGGAAGAGGAUCACAAACUGGGCACUCUCUCCAUCCCGCUGCCUCCAGCCCAGACCUUGGACCGUCAGUCGAAGCGGAGGAAGAUCACCUAGAGGGCUGCAGAAGUGGGUAUCAGGAGGUUGCCACUAGCACUGUGGAGUUCGCGAACACAGCUGGAGUGGCCAGCCAGUCAUGAAGAAGGCACUUGAAUUCAUGCAGCUACUUGAAUUCAGCUGCUGCUUGGAUUCAUGCAGCUGGUAACCUGACACUGGAAUGCUGAGUUCAGCCAGCCAUGCAUUCAGUACUCACACCUCCGCCUCCUUGUCAGCGCCAACAGCCAAAAGAUCCAGAUGCUGGCCUCCAUCUUGAUCCCUUCUUCUGUGAGUACAUAUUUAGGAGCCUAACUUGCAUCUAGGAUCCCAGCAGCAAGGGUCUCGGAAAUAGGUUUCAGCUCUCCGGCCUCUGGUUACAGGAAGCCACACCAAGGCAGAGGGGAAUGGAGGCUGACUGCCACCCACCUCAUCUGCCAGGGGAGAUGGAGAAGUCAGUGUCCAGCAGGGUGUGUGGGAAUGGGACUAUGACACGGAAAGACUUAGGUAUGUGGCUAAGGCUCAGACUCAGCUCUUCAAGGCUCUUGUGAGGCAGUGGGAGCAGCUGAGGUCUGUGGUGCUCAGUGCUGGGGGCCAGGAGCAGUGGCAGAUGGAAGACAGAAUUCACCUCUCUCUGAAAGUGAGAAAGGAGGAAGUUUGCGCAGCAGCUGGGCCAUCCGUUAAGGAAGAUGUGGUAGAAAUGGGUCUUGGAUGACUCGUUUCAGACUGGUGGUCCUUAAAUUUCUUCGAGCAGGGGGGUGCAGUUAUCAGAGCCACCUCUGUGGCAAAGCCAGGCCUGCAGUGUACAUUUUCCAAGCUCUUGUUGGAUGUGUCCCCAUUUGUCUGGCCCUGGGUGAUGGGCACCUGUACCAUACUUGGUCUCCCUCCAGCAGAGGUGUGAGCAGGACAUCUAAAUGCUUCUUGUUUGUCUUUAAGCUGUUGUAAAAAUCAAGUAUGUGACUCUGCAUCAGAAAAAAUAAUAUCCUGAUCUGUCUCUGGGGAAAGAAUUCCUAAUGUGCUUAUGGGUUAGAGUGUGUUUUCAUGAAUCCUUUUUAAUUUCUGAUGGUUUUGACACUUUGAGGCUUUAUUUCUAGUAGUGGUAAGAUCACAGCGUGUGCCCUGGCCUCUGAGCAGCUUCUGCCCUAGUGACUGGGAAGCCGCCUGUCUUUAGUCACUCACACUCAGAGGGGUAGUAUUGAUGGGGAAAAGUCCAGGACGGUAAAUAUAUAGUCGAUCCUUGAACAGUACUGGUUCGAGCUGUGUGGGUCCACUUACACGUGGGUUUUUUUCACUAGUAAGUACUUCAGUACCACACAAGCAGUCAGUUGAACCAGCAGAUGUGGCAUCUCGGAUACAGAGGGCUGAUACAAGUUAUUCAUGGAUUUUCAACUGUGUGCAAGUCAGUGCCCCAAACCUUGCAUUGUUCAAGGGUCAGCUGUAUACUUAUCCUGAGUGGCAACAGGUGUACCAGUAGGUGCUGCAAUCCCAGGGACUGGCUGAAAAGCAAGUUUCUGUAUGUCAAGGAGCUCGUGGGUCAGAAGGCUCAAAAGGCCCUCGUUCAACAAGUCUUGUGAGAAGGCGCCCAGCACAGUGCCCAGCAUACAGCGUCGGUGCCCGUGGAAUGAGUACAUGCUGCCCCUUCUUUCCUUGGCAGAGCUGUUAGGCAGUAAAACUUGAGUAACUGUGGGGUUGUACUAGGUUUUUUCCUAGCUCUAAAAACCCAUUUACAUUCACAGAGGAGUCCUUAAUCCCCACCCCACCCCCAAGGUAUUUGCCCUAAUGUCCCUUGGUGACCUCUUGGAAGAAGACAACUCUGGGCUAGAUGCUUAUACCCUUAAUAAGAUUUGCAGAUUGUGGAAUAGUCUCAACUUACGGGAGUUAACAGAAUGAAGUCUGUUCCCUGGAGGGAAGUCUCUGUGGCCCUCACCUGCUGGACACUUAACAGUGAUGAGGUCAAAGAAGGUGUAUUUAACAUACUUGCAGAGGACCCAACCUGGAAAUAGCUAAUUGGGUAAAAUUCUUUAAAGUGUCUCCUUUUAAAAUCUUUAUUCUGAUAUAAUGUCAUACUUAGAAAAUGGCUGCAAGAAGAGCACAGACUGCUGGAUGUCCUUCACCCAGAAGGUCCAGCCGGGCAUGGGUUGUCCUGUUUAUCACUCACUUUAUGCAUCUGUAUCUUUUUGAACCAUUUGGGAAAGUUUAAGAAAAGCAUCCUGCCCUUUCUAUCUAUAAGUACUUAAGCGUGUAUAUCCUAAGAAUAAGCACUUUCUCGUUCACGAGCACAUCGCAUGUGCCAAAAGCAGGGACCAGAGCAGCGAGGCAGUGCUAGAAUCUAGCCCCCAGCGCACAUUCACAUUUUGCCGAUCACACCACUUACUCAAUCUAAAACAGUUCCUCAGUCUCUGCCUUUCUUAACCUUGACAUUUUAAAGAGUAAAGUCAGUUAUUUUGUAGGGCGUCCCUUCAGUUUGGGUUUGUCUUGUGUUUCCUUCUGAUAAGAUCCAGGAUACACGGUUUUGGCAGGGAUAUCAUGAGGGGUUGUGUCCCAAGUGCAUCACAGUAGAGGCAUGUGAUGUUGGUUUGUCCUGUUCUUGCUGAUGUUAAUUUUUAUUGGUUAAGGUUAUGUUCCCUCCACUGUGAAAUUUCUAUUAUAAUCAAUAAGUAAUUUGUAGGCUGUUUUGAGACUCUGAAUAUCUUGUUCCUCAUCAAACUUUUAUCUGAGAGUUUUAGCCUUGAUUGAUAAUUUUUGCUGAAUCAGUUACCAGGGUGGCUGCAAAAUGGUGAGUGAUUUUCUAACUCCCAUAAUUUCUUAUACACUUAUUAUUGGCAUUCUAUUAUAUGGAAGGAACUUUCUUUUCUCUCCCUUAAAAUUCUUUUUGUUCUAGUUAUUAGUAUGGACUCAGAUUCUUGUUCUGUGAACACUGUUACCAUUUAAUUUUGAUACUCAGAUUGUACCACAUUUGGCCAGUCUUGAGUUCCUUCAGGCUAGCUCCUGUAUCCCCAUCUUUUUAAGCGUGCUUCCUUAAUUUCUGGCACAAUAUAUUCUAGCCAUCCUGUAUGUUGCCUGCCCCAGCUCUGGAAUCAGCCUUUUAUCCAAGGAGCCUGGAUGGAUGACAUGAUUGAUGGCCUAAGGCAAGAGGUGAAAUGCUACCCUGGCAAUCAAGACAGAAGACAGACGGCAUCUUUGGCUGCACUCAGGCAAGAACUGGUUUCUAAGCAGGGUGACAGUUGUGGUGUGAGUCACUCAGACUGCACCAGAGGGCCAUGCUAGGCUUGACUUCAUUUCAAAGGGAUGAUAAUCACAAAGGAGGGGCUCCAGAGCCCCCAGGCCGUAACGGCACCUGCAGAGUCCUGGACAGGAAGGGAGAAAGAACGAGUGGGAUGAGAGUGUUCAUGUCGGGAGAGUGCUCAGGGCUGGAACAAGCCCAGCGGGUCCCAUGAGUCCACGUGAGGAAGCAUUCAGAAAAGAGACUGAGGGAAGGAAGGAAGGAAAGGGAAGAAGGUGGGCCCAGGGCUCUGCUGAGGACAGUGUAGGCGCAUGUGCUGUUCGAAGACCCAACGCUGGCUCCUGUCUGGUCUGGCCACACCACACCCCCAUUCCCUGUAGUCAGGGCCUCAACAGGACUUGGAGGCCUGGAUGAAGUUGCAUUGGUCUUUGCUGUGCUUGUCUGCUCCCAUCAGCAGGCAUCAGGGUAAGCCCUGCCCACUCAGCCAGUGCAGGCUACUGCAGAGCAGUCUCCUUCCAGAUGCUUCCCUAACUACGGAAGAGCUCGGAUGGGUGUUCCAAGCCCCUCCCACUUAUGCAUCCAAAUGAUUUGGCAGAAGAUGAGCACUGUGUGUGUGUGUGUGUGUCCCGGCUGAUGGAGCCCUAGGUAACAGCCUGCCUACACCUCUCCUCCCUACAAGCUCUUAACAUUAGAUGGGGAACCUAGUGGUCCUUAACAGGCAUCACCACUCAGAACUCAAUUCCUUUUGUAAAAAAGGAGCAAUAACCUCACCAAGUCAGUGCUUAAUAUACUGUUGAUGGGCUGUAAGAUGAUUGUGGUGGCAAGGGGGUGUGUCAGGAUAUAUGAAGUUAUGCUGGCUUGGCCAAACUGCAGUAACUAAUUUCCCUGGAAUGUUCAGUUUCAACAAAGGUUUAUUCGCUUGUGAUAGCAUGAAUAUUUUCAUUUUAAUAGUUUAUUUUUUUUUGUGUUAAAACCACUAGCUUUUCAUUUGUAGUAGUGAUAUAAACAUUUCUUUUUAGUUGAGUGUUCCUUGAUAGGAUCCUGGAAUGGAAAAAGGACACUAGGUAAUGAUUAAGGAAGGAUAUCUGAAUAAACUGUGGACUUUAGUUAAUAAUAAUAAUGUGUCUCCUGGUUCAGUAGUUUUGACAAAGGUACCAUACUAACGUGAGGUGUGUAAGGUGUUAAUUACAGAAACUUGGCGGGGAGGGUGAUACGGGAACGCUGUACCACCUAUCUCCUUACUUUUUCUGUAACUCUAACUCUUGUAGGCAGUGUUCAGUAAGUGGUGCUGGGAAAACUGGAUAGCUACAUGUAAAAGAAUGAAAUUAGAACUUUUUUUGUCCUAAUUUUGUUCAAAUUAGAAAAACUCAAAAUGUAUUAAAGACCUAAGUGUUAAGACCAUGAACCAUGAAACUCCUAGAAGAAAACACAGGCAGAACACAUUUUGGCAUAAAUCAUAGCAACAGUUUUUGGAUCGCCCUCCCAAGGCAAAGGAAACAAAAGAAAAACAAAAGGAACCCAGUUAAACUUAAAAGCUUUUGCACGGCAAAGGAAAC